CAUUCAAGGAUCAGACCGCGAAGGACAAAGCCCUGCAGCACAUGGCGGCCAUGUCAUCAGCCCAGAUAGUCUCAGCAACUGCCAUUCACAACAAGCUAGGACUGCCGGGAAUCCCACGCCCUACAUUUCCAGGCGCACCAGGGUUCUGGCCAGGAAUGAUACAAACAGGUCAGCCAGGAUCUUCACAAGACGUCAAGCCCUUUGUGCAGCAGGCCUAUCCCAUCCAGCCCACAGUCACUGCCCCCAUUCCAGGGUUCGAGCCUACAUCCGCACCAGCACCCUCAGUUCCUGCAUGGCAGGGCCGCUCCAUUGGAACAACCAAACUUCGACUUGUGGAAUUUUCAGCUUUUCUUGAACAGCAGCGAGAUCCAGACUCAUACAACAAACAUCUAUUCGUCCACAUUGGCCACGCCAACCAUUCUUACAGUGACCCAUUGCUCGAAUCAGUGGACAUUCGUCAGAUUUAUGACAAAUUUCCUGAGAAGAAAGGUGGUUUAAAGGAAUUGUUUGGAAAGGGUCCUCAGAAUGCCUUCUUCCUUGUAAAGUUCUGGGCGGAUUUAAACUGCAACAUUCAAGAUGAUGCGGGGGCUUUCUAUGGGGUAACCAGUCAGUAUGAGAGUUCAGAGAACAUGACCAUCACCUGUUCUACCAAAGUCUGUUCAUUCGGAAAGCAAGUAGUGGAGAAAGUAGAGACGGAAUAUGCGAGGUUUGAGAAUGGCCGAUUUGUGUAUAGAAUAAACCGCUCUCCCAUGUGUGAAUAUAUGAUCAACUUCAUCCACAAACUCAAACAUUUACCAGAGAAGUAUAUGAUGAACAGUGUGUUGGAAAACUUUACAAUUUUGUUGGUGGUAACGAACAGGGAUACACAAGAAACCCUCCUCUGCAUGGCCUGUGUAUUUGAGGUUUCAAAUAGUGAACAUGGAGCCCAGCAUCAUAUUUACAGGCUUGUAAAGGACUGAGCACGGUUAUUUAUAUAUACAGAUACACACACAUACACACACACGUCAUCAUGAAACUACAGACUGUAAACCUCAAUACUUAGUGGCAGGACCCCUGGCCCAGGGGGGCCCCCCACGGUUUUCUAAAUCCUGUUGGAGUCAUUUUUCAUGUGUUCAUAUAUCAUUGUAGCUGUGAAAUUCUGGUACAGUUGUAAAGAAAAAAUUCUUUCUAAAACGAUGUGUUCUUCAGAUUUGUAACCCAUAGUUCUUUGGGAAAGAUGACACUUAAGAAGCUGAGGUCUCUGUCUGGGGAGGCCAGUUUUUAAUUGUGGUAGAAAAUGUAAAACAGAAACAUUUGCCAUGGGAAAUUUACAGCAUUUAUACAAAUGUAUUUAGUUUUUUUUUUUUUCCAACAUAAAAUACUUGUUUUAAGAUGCAAGUAAAAUUAAAGUGAAACUUUAAGUAUAAAUGUAAAUGAGUACACAAAGUGAAGAAACUUUAGAAUUAUCUUUGUAACUAAUUAGGGUGAAACGAAUGUAAUUCACUAAAUUAUUUUUUAAACGAAACCUUUUUUUUUUUUCCUUUUUGAAACCAAAUGUUAAAAUGUAGCCUUAAGAAAUGCUUGGUAGGAAGAACCUAAUGAGGCAAAAUUGUAUUUUUUUCCUCACCAUUUAAAACUAAUUCUCUAAUCCAUUAAACAUCCGAACAGGUAUUGCAAAGAAAGAAAAUGUCA